AUGAGUUUGGUGCUCGUAAGGGAAGAAGGUAGCACUCAACUACCUAUUUAUUACAUAAGCAAUGCCCUCUUAUCAGUAGAGUCACGAAACACGGACAUGCAGAAGCUUGUUCUUUCCCUAAUAAUAGCCUCCAGAAGAUUGAGGCCCUAUUUCCAGGCACACAGUAUAUGGGUAGUGAUCAACUUCCCAUUUAAACAAGUGCUUCAGAAACCUGAUGCCUUGGGAAGGAGAAUGAAAUGGACUGUAGAGCUAAGCGAGUUUGAUAUUUCUUGCAAGCCAAAGAUCUCCAAGAAAGGAUAA